UUUUGAACUAACGAAUAACAUACAACUUUUUACAGUUUGUUAAUUUUAAGACUGCUAUUGGCAUUAUAAGAGAUGAUAAUGUUGAGCUUACGAUUGAAACUUGAGUUGUAUAUUUGGAGCUAAAUCAUGCGACUAGAGAAAGCCCAAUUCCGGUUUGUGAAGCGCCAAAACAGAAACAUCUGUUUACGCCGAGUUAUACAUAGAAGCUGGAAGGAGGCUCGGAGAAAACAGACUCGUUGAAUUGCAUACAAGUGGUUACCAGGACCUAAGGAUGAGCAGGUGGGGUGAGAGGCUGAAGAAGGUGGAGCGGCUGGCUCAGUCGUUUCAGCAGAACCCCUUGACGACGCCGUACAAACCUCGGCUGUGGCCGAACCAGCCCUCCUCUGUCUGGAAACUCUUCCCUCGACAAAACCUGGCCAUCAGCUUCGCUCGCAGCUGCAAAGAGGCCGUUCAUGUAUUUGCACUUGAAAAAGAAAAAGCUUCAUUGGGUCAAAGGAUUUACCUGGUCACAAGUUACAGCGAACUGUGGCAUUAUUACAGGGUGUACCCACAGUCCUUGAUGCAUUGUUACGAGGUGAUACCAGAGGGGGCGGUGUGUAAGCUGUACUUUGACUUGGAGUUUCACAAACCCUCAAACGGAGGGUCUGAUGGAAACUCUAUGGUUUCCCUGCUCAUCAAGUAUGUCUGCGACAAGUUGGUGGAAGUUUAUGGGAUUGAAUGCUCUGUGAAAAAUGUGCUGAACCUGGACUCCAGCACAGAGGAAAAGUUCAGCCGACAUCUUAUCUUCAUGCUACAAAACGCAGCUUUUAAAGACAACCUCCAUGUCGGUAGGUUCAUCCAUGCUAUUCUUCAACCCGUAAUAAGCAAGCUCAAAAGCGACAGCCGUCUCCAUUCAGGGGACAUUUCACUGACAGACAGCAGACGCACAAAUACUGAUUCUGAACCAGCUCAGAGUCCAGAUACGAAAAGGCAGAAGCAGGAAGUGAGAGAUCUCAGCUUCCUGCUGGUGAAAAACAAGGAUGGUCGUAGCGGUCUUUUUGUUGAUCUGGGUGUGUACACCAAGAACAGGAACUUUCGGCUGUACAAGUCCUCAAAGGUGGGGAGGAACGCAGCGUUCACCGUGGCUGGAGACAACCAGUUCACUGCCAAACCUGCUAAAGAAAAGUCUGCCGAGGAAAAUGUCUUCCUGGCAUCUUUAGUGUGUAACGUCAGUUUCACGGGCCAGAGGAUUCUUACAUGGGACGCCGCAGAAACAAAAGGAGUUAAAAGUCCAGCAGCACAAAGUCAGCAGGGACUCGAUUCAAAUCAAGGCACAUUUUCUGGCUGCCUGUCCUCUCCUUACAAAGAAGUGGACAACUUUGUGUUUGCCUUGGUCAGAAAGGAUGGGGUUCAGGGAAGCAUUCGACGAUGGAACUACUUUGCUGCAGACCAACUUCUUGUCUAUGACAUUGCCAAAUACCGCUGGUGUGAAAACGUGAGCAGGUUCCAUAAGAGCAACAACAUCAUGAUCGUUGUGGACCUUAAAGAGGAAGUCUGGUACCAGAAGUGUCAUGAUCCAGACUGCAGGAACUUCAGGUCCUCAAGUUUCCCACUUCCACAAGAGAUCUGCGUCAGCUACAUCCUGACUCUGGAUGAAGAGGAUCAGGCGUACCUAAUGGACGACACUGGCAACAUUGAGCCCAGCUGGGCCCCAAGCAGCUCCACGCGUCCGACGGAGGAGACUCCUGAAGUGUGGGGAGAUGAGCAGGACGAGUGGGAAUUUUUAAAGAGCCUGAAUGAUUUUGAACAGAGAAGUUCUGAGAUCUCAGAUGAGCUUCUGCUCACAUGUGUGGCAGACUUUGACUCCUAGCGGGCGACUAAGAUCGGUGUUUCCAGGCGCCACAGCAGAACCAACUCCGAAACCAGUCAGAUAGUUUAUAACCACUUCUCAUCAAACUUUUUCUCUCAGGAUAAAAAAAUGAUGGUAGAAUACUGUUAAAAGAUACACGUUUACAAAAAAAAUAAUAAUAAUACUGCAGUCACUUUAAUGUUCUUAUAACUUAAUUUAUGUGCAAUAAUCUGUUUGUUAAACGUUUCUUAAGUUCAAACAGAAUUGCAUAUUUUAUAGAUUUAUAAACAAAAAGUGUCCUAUAAAAUGAUAAACACAACAGAGAACUUCACAAAAAUGUUGAAAGACGAUAUUUUAUUUGACAACAAUCCAAUGCUUUCAAAGAAAAUUUCAUUCCCCUCCCCCUGUUUUUCAUACAAGAGACAUAAAAAUGCAGAAGAGUUCACAAUGUCAAAGAGAUAUGAUAUACUGAGCUGUGCAGAGAAUGGCUCCAAACUGAAAUCAGACAUUUUGCUUUUAGGCAACUUGAAGAUUUCAGACCAUCACGCAAAGAAAGACUUCUGAGUUAACUAUUCCGUCUUCCAGGAAAUCAUCACAGGAAAACAUCCUCCUUCUAAACGUGUAAUAUAUUUAUAUAUGUAUGUAUACAAGCUUAAAAAACUUUUAUCUUGAAACCUGUGGCAUCUAUUUUUUUAAAUAAAACUUUAAAAUUGAUACAGGAAAGUACCAUUUCAGUAAAUAUUAGCAGCACAUCUUUAAAAAUUUACCACAAUUUCAAGUUUUCACCAAUUUCACCAACUCAAAAUAAACAAUGAAAAGAAAUGCUAUAAAUCCCUUCCUUUAACGAUAUUUCUAUGUUCUAAACUC